AUGCCAGAAGAAGCGUAUGACAGAGCGCCUGGCAAAGCGGAGGGGGUCCAGGACCAGGCAGACCCCGAGAAUCACGAGAGCCACGAUGGUCGCGAUGAUGGUCAUGAGGACGAGGAAGAGAUGGAAGAGGAGGAGUCGGUCGAGCCAGAGCACGCCGAUGGCCCAGACCAUACCGAUGGCCCAGAAGGGGAUCGUUGGGAUGAUGGUCCGGCCUUGAGAGCUGCACUUCGUGCCUUGGCUCGGCAGCUGAAAAUUCUCCAUGCCUCCAGUGACGUGUCCCUAAAAGCCGGCGGAGCUCUCUUUAAGUGCCGACGAGAUGUUGUGGCAACCUGGAGCUCCCCUUUCAAGGCACUCAUGCAGUCUCACGCCAUGACAGGGCAGGAAGAAGGGGCAAUCCACCCAGUGGUCGAGGUCGAUGAUGUCGCGCCGGAGAUCUUGGAGACUGCCAUCCGUUUCAUGCUUGAAGGCUGCAUAACCUUUCAGGUUCGGCCACUGGACGAAACCCAUGAGCUCUUACAUUUCGCAGAUGCCUGGGACUUGGAUGACCUGAAAGCGACCUAUGGCGAGAUGAUGAUGUCAAGAGCACGCAUUUCCACCAAGAAUGCGGCACCGUACUUGAAGCUGGGGCUUAGAUUUUCUGUUGCCAACAUUGCCCGGGCAGCAGCCGACACGCUGGCUCAGUCCGUCGAUGUGAAAGGACGAGGAGGACAGGUACUCCCAGCAGAACUGAUGGAGCUUGAUGCAGCGUGCAUGCAGGCCAUUCUGGCCAGCGAAGCGUUGCAUGUGGAAGACGAGGCUGAUGCUUUGGAACUGAUAAAGCGCUGGGCCGGUGUUGACACGCAACGAGCCCACGAUGUGCCUGAACUUCUUACACAGGUUCGGCUGUCACUCUGCGGCUUUCAGACCCUCAUUGACCUCGUGUCCAACUUAUCCAAGGAACCUUGGCAAGAAGUUGACGCGAAGCGCUUGAAUGCCAAAGUGCGGAGGGUCGUAGACGAGAAGCUUCAGGCCAUCACCUCAGACAGACUUCGCCAAUUCACGAAGCUGCCAGACUCGGAGAACGAGCACAAAUUGGCAACAACGCUGCAGGCAAGCAAGACCCUUUACGAAGUGUAG